GAAAUAUUUCGACCUUCAUUCGUACUUCUCUAGGUUUUUCCCAAAAGAGAAGUAAGUCAUGCAAUCAUGGCUGAAACAGUAGCAAAGACAAGCAAGAGCAACUCAAAUUCUGUUAAAGAAAUAUUCAAAACGAUGAGCUAUGGGCCGGCUCCAGAGGCAGACAAUGUUGCAAAGGCAUGGCUAGAUGAUCAUGGUAAAGACUUUGGAGUUUUCAUUGAUGGCAAAUGGGUAAAACCAGAGGGCAGGAAGAAGUAUUUGACAAAGAACCCAGCCACAGGUGAGGAUUUAGCAUGGACCACUCAAGCAGAGAAGGCAGAUGUAGAUUUAGCUGUGAAAGCAGCAGAGAAAGCCUAUCAGAGUUGGAGCAAGACCUCUCCCCAUGUCAGGGCAAGACAUUUGUAUAGCAUUGCAAGACAUAUUCAAAAACACAUGCGUCUUUUUAACGUUGUGGAAUCCCUUGAUAACGGUAAAACAAUCCGAGAGACGAGGGAUGCAGACAUUCCUACUGUGGUCCGACAUUUCUAUCACCACGCAGGCUGGGCCCAGCUGAUGGAAACAGAGAUGAGGGGAUGGAAAUCUGUCGGUGUCAUUGGAGCGAUAGUGCCUUGGAAUUUCCCUCUGAUGUUGUUGACCUGGAAAAUAGCUCCAGCAUUGGCUAUGGGAAACACUAUAGUCCUGAAACCGGCCACAUACACUCGACUAUCAGCCCUCCUAUUGGCCGAGGUGUGUGCGGAGGCAGGGUUGCCACCCGGAGUUUUCAAUGUGGUGACUGGUAGCGGUGCCAUGGGGAGUAUGUUGGCUGAACACCCCUCAGUGGACAAAGUGGCUUUUACAGGGUCAACAGGGGUUGGACAGACGCUCCGACGUCUGACGGCAGGAAGUGGUAAGAAGCUGUCCCUGGAGCUAGGAGGGAAAUCCCCUGUGGUGGUGUUUGAGUCGGCAGACUUGGACAGUGCUGUAGAGGGGGUGGUGGAUGCCAUUUGGUUCAAUCAGGGACAGGUUUGCAGUGCUGGCUCCAAGCUCCUGGUCCAAGAACCAAUUUACGAAAAGAUGGUGAAUAAACUGAAAGAGAGGCUGACUCAUUUCCGUGUCGGGAACAGUUUGGACAAGACAAUGGAUAUGGGGGCCAUUGUGGAUGAGAGUCAGAGAAAGUCUAUUGAGGAAUAUGUAGAGGAGGCCAGAAAAGAGGGAGCUGAGGUGUUCCAAAUCAAGGACAGUGUUCCCAGUGGCUGUUACUACCCUCCAACUAUCAUCACUAAUGUUCAGACGGUGUCCAGAGUUGUAGCUGAGGAGAUAUUUGGACCAGUCCUAGUUGUGCUUCCCUUCAGGACUGCCAAGGAAGCCCUCGCUAUUUCCAACAACACAAUUUAUGGCCUCGGGGGCAGUGUAUGGACAGAGAAUGUGCCCUUGGCCCUGGAAGUAGCCCUGGGCAUCAAGGCGGGCACUGUGUGGAUUAACUGCCACAAUCUGUUUGACGCUGCCGCAGGGUUCGGUGGAUACAAGCAGAGUGGAUAUGGACGGGAUGGUGGAAAAGAGGGUUUGUUUGAGUAUGUCCGCCCAGCUUGGGAGGAGAGGCCCAGACCCGGUAAAGUGCAGAUGGAUCUGAAGACGUUUGGGGCAACACUUCCACAAAGGCCGACAUUUGAGAAUGUGGACAACAAGCAGAUUACUAUAAAUGGAGUAACCAUGCCCAGUAUUGACAGAACGUUUAAGAUGUACUACGGUGGAGGACAGAAGAGACCCGAUGCUCCAUAUGUAAGGCCGGUCAUCAACCCCGACGGAAAGGUCAUAGGUCACGUAGGGGAGGGGAAUCGUAAGGACGUCAGGAAUGCUGUGGAGACAGCCCAUGCUGCCGCUCCUGGAUGGGGUAAGAGGGCCGCCCACAACAGAGCCCAGAUUGUGUACUAUAUGGCAGAGAACCUGGAGAUUAGGCGGGAUGAAUUAGCGGGGCGGAUCCAGCUGAUGACGGGGCGUAAGCUGGAGGAGUGUGUGACAGAGGUGGAUCUGUCCAUCCAGCGACUGUUCCACUGGGGCGCUUAUUGUGACAAGUACGGUGGAGGUGUGCAGGAGACCACACUGUACGGAGCCACUGUGAAGAUCCAUGAACCGGUGGGGGUGAUUGGAAUGGCCUGUCCUGAUUCAUACCCUCUCCUCGGAUUCGUCUCCCUGUUUGCUCCAGCUGUAGUCAGGGGCAACACAAUGAUCAUCAUACCUAGUCAAAAUUACCCACUCUCAGCAUUAGAUUUGUACCAGGUGUUUGAUACUUCGGAUUUACCUGGAGGCGUGGUCAACAUUCUGACAGGUGACAGAGAUCACUUGACCAAAUACCUGACUGAGCAUCAAGAUGUCCAAUCAAUGUGGUACUUUGGGUCAGCCGAGGGGUCAAAGUUUGUGGAGUUCACUUCCGCAGAAAAUGUCAAGAGGACCUGGGUCAAUUAUGGGUUGGAGAGAGACUGGACCGACCCAGAGCAGGGUCAGGGGGAGGAGUUUCUGUACCAGUCCGUGCAGGUCAAAAAUAUCUGGAUCCCAAUGGGGGAUAUCUUUGCUAAUUAAGGCAUGACCAGAAGUUUUUUAAGUCAUACAUUGUCAAAAUAGACGUUCAAGUAGUUAACUUGUGCCUUUUAUAGAAAGUUCAAACUGUAAUCUUUCCUAUUUUUAUCCCAGUGUACAUGUACGUUGUGAUUAAUGGCAGUAUUAAUAUUAUAAAAUGUUACGCUUGUUUUGUAAUUUUCAUGAAGCAUUAUUGAUUUGAGAUAUGAUUUGAUUUUUACGUCAGUGACUGUAGCAGUUAGAAUGCAUGAAAUACUGAUACUAAAAGGUGUUUCAAAUUGAUAAUUAAGAAUAAGGGAGGAUUUUGAAAUGAAACCAUGCACAAAAGAAGCUUUUUCAACUUUUAUUUGACUUAUUGGUAAACGUUAAUUAUUCCCAGACUGAUAUCCUUUGGAGUUCCCACAUGUUUGUUGUUCACUGCACCAUAAUGGACAAUCAGUUUUACAUCCAAAUACCCAAACUUUUAGGAUGUUUAGCAUACAACAAGUCAACUUAGCACUUGAUUAACUUGGAGCUUGGAGAAUCAAUAACUUGUACUCUUUAUAAACAUUGUAUUUAACAGUUUUACUUGUUGAACUCUGUACAUGUAAAUUAUGAGGUACUUAAACCUGCACUGGUAUAUAUUUAUAACCCUAUACGACAAAUCUUUGUGUUUUUAGCUAUAAGUUUUACAAAAUAGAUAAAAUGUAGAUGUUUAUUAGGUACCACCUGGCAGCUAGCAGUACAGAUCAUUAUGAUACAUGUAGUUUGACUUUGCCAAUAUGUAUUUGUUAGAGUUUAAAAAUCUAUCACCAGCAUCCCAGAAUAUUUGAACAUCAUAUUUGUGAUAUCUCUUUUCAAUUACAUGUUAAAGCUGUUUUGAAAUAUGAGGUUUUUAACUCGUAUUUUUUCUCUCUUGAGACAUUGUGUUCUAGCUGUCAAGUGGAAUUUUGUGAGCUUUGAAAUACUGGUACAUGUUCAUGCAAGUUAUGUACAGUUUAUGAAACUUUUCUAUCCUAUUUGAGAAAUUCUGUUUAUUGGUAAACAUAAUUUUAAAACAUACAUGUAUGAGCACUGAUGAAUAUCACAUCUCAUGAUAGUCAAAUGAAAACAAUUUAUAUAAGGUAAAUUUGUUACAUGUACCGUACAUGUUAUUGAAUGAUCAUGCAAGUAAGUGCUUUUAUUUACUUGGUAAUGUGUUGCAUAAUCAUUAGAGUAGAAGAUCUGUAUAACUUCUGUGGUCAUCGGAGAUGUUGCUGAAAGUUUUUGUACACUAUACAUGUACCACAUGUAUAUAUAUUUACCAGUAUCUGAAUUCAUCAUUCAUGUAAUAUGUAUCAUGAAAUACCAGUAUUGUUCUAUGUAUCUCAUAUAUAUACCAGUAGUAUAUUCUUUUUUAUAUUAAUCAUGUAUAAUCUUCUCUUGAUUUUUCUGGGAAAGUGUUUUAUAUUCAUCCAUUGAUUGUUUAUUGUGAUUUUGUUAAUCUGUUCACUUUCUCAAAAUCCUCAGGGGGCUUUUUGUUAAGUUUUUGCACUGUUAGUUAUUACAUUUCUAGUCCUAACUGUUCUAUUAAAAUAAAAAAACGUACUGGAACAUGUAAUUCAGAAAUAUGUACCGCCAGUGGUAUAUUCAUGAAUGCCAAUAUCAGCAUUAUGCACCGAAUUUAUGCAGUAUUCACUGAAAAAUAAUUUUACCAAUGUAAACAGAAAAUCCAUUUUUUCAAUAGAUUAUUCACCAAAUAGCUAGGCUAAACACAUUUAAAUUAGGAUGUUGCAUAUUUAAUUACAAAAUGCUAGUUCUCUAAUGUAUGAUGAAUAAAUAAAGUUGGUAAUUAAUAGAAAUUCUAA